CUCAAGUCGUGCGCCAAAGCGUUUGUCCGGUCGACACGACAGGAGCAGCACAUCAACAACGAGCGCAUUGUCCAGAGAGUGGCCUCAAGGCAUCAGUUUGUGGUCAAACUCUAUCGUACGUUCAAAGACGACCAGUCGGUCUACUUCUUGCUGGAGGCCGCUCUCGGCGGCGAACUCUGGACACUAUUGAGGCACCGCGGUGCGUUUGAAGAGAUUUCAGCCCGAUUUUACGUCGGGUGCGUUGUGGAGGCGCUCCAGUAUCUACACUCCCAUCAAAUUAUUUACCGAGAUUUAAAACCGGAAAACUGUUUGUUGGAUCAAACUGGUUACUUAAAAAUUACAGAUUUUGGUUUCAGUAAAUUAUUAUGCGCGGGUGAAAAAACGUGGACAUUUUGCGGUACACCGGAAUACGUGGCCCCAGAGAUCAUAUUGAACAAGGGUCACGACCAGGCCGUCGACUUCUGGUCGAUCGGCAUUUUGCUGUACGAACUGUUGACCGGAAUGCCUCCGUUCACAUCACCGGAUCCGCUGAAGACAUAUAAUAUAAUACUUCGGGGUUUCGACGCCAUCGGCUUCGAAGAGGCCAUCUUCUCGAAGAACUGCGUGAAUCUGAUCCGUCGAUUGUGUAAAGAGAAUCCCAGCGAACGAAUUGGUGUCCAGAAGAACGGCUAUUCGGAGCUGAAGAGUCACAAAUGGUUCUCCGGCUUCGACUGGGAUCAGCUGAUCCGGCGGGCGAUCAAACCGCCGAUUGUGCCCCGACUUAACAGCUCGACUGACACUCACUAUUUCGAUGUGACGCCCGACCAGACCCUCAAAGAGGCC